CUGAACCUUUACAAGUGUUUUUCCAUAUUUCAGCCUUCAGUCAGCUGCAUAAACUCAUCAAACUAAGUAAACGUAAACUAGGAAACAGACCUAAAGGGUAUGAACUGAUUAUUGAGUAGCCUUUAUUUGCCAGCUCCAGUCCUUUUUAGGGAAUAUAUGUACACUAAGAGUGUAAGGAAAUGUUAUAAGGAGACAGAACAAGAUUAACUACAAUGUCUGGGUCAAUCUCCAGGUACGACCUUAAACCCUGCUCCGAGACUUCUAGCCUCCGGAGCACGAACCCAUUCCUCUCCUCUGGUGAUUCAGACUCGGAGUCGGAGCAGAACGGGUACGACCCGUUCUCGUCAGCUCCGGUAGCAAAACUAACACAGGCUAAACAGAACCGGAGAAAUGGAUCUAUGCAGAACCUUCUCCAGGAGAACCAGAACUUUAAUCCUUUUACCAGUUCCGACUCAGAAUCUGAUAAAGUAGAACUUGGACGAAGCUAUAAAAGAAAAUUAAGGGAGCGGUCUAGAAAUGAUAGAAGGAAGGAAGGAAUAAAACUGAUUACGACACUUCUUCUUCUCUGUCUAACAUUUCUUAUUCUUCUCAUCGUUCUAAUUGGGUACAGCAGAUCAGAGUCUGAUAUCUCAAAUACCAGAACUAACUUAACUCUUGAUAAUCUGGUGAACAAUGUAACAGAAUUCAAUCCACCAGAACUGAAUCCCGAAUCUAAGGAUGAAGAUGAAGAACUGUUUCAGGAUAUUCCUCACCUAGACCAGGACGGAGAUAAGCCUGGUUUAGAGAUUCAUGAGAAACAUCAAGAUGGAGAGGAGAAGAAAGAAUCCGGAGAAAAUCUAGGAGAACUUUUCUAAACUGUAAGAUACGACACUAUAUUCUGGGAUCCAUAAGCGUGUGGAUAAGGAAGACGAUGUUUAAGCAGCUUUUUGUUUA